AUGAUGCAGGGAAACAAGAAGUGCACCGAUGGGUUCAGCGACUCUUCUAGCAUCGGCAGCGUGCUGGACGAUGCCGACAGGGAGGUGAGCAGCCUCACAGACCGGGCUUUCCGGAGCCUGUGCCUCUCGGAGGGCGCACCCUUCCAGGAUUCCGAGCUCGGCCUAUCCCCAGAUUCCACCUGCCAGGUGCUGGGCACAGUGAGCCACACCCAUCGCAAAAGUGGUCUCUGGAGCCAGCUGCCGGCACAAGGCACAGAGCAUGCAGGCUGGGCAGCCACCUUCCAACAGCUACCCAAGUACGUUCAGGGUGAGGAAAGAUACCAUAAAAGCAGCCCCCCACUCACCCCGGCCCAGAGAAGACUAGAGGUGCCAGUUGCAGGCCUAAGGAACAGCGCCAAGCCCGGCUCCAAGGUCUCGACUCUCAUCAAAUCCUUCGACAGGCCUGAGAGCCAGCGUGGCGACAGCCGGCCUCCUCCCAGCAAGCCCCCUGUUCUAAAAACCACCCCCAAAUUCGCCCCUCUCCCAGACAGCGGUGUCAACUUCUGCUUCGAUUCUGCCUUCCUGACUGUCAGAAGGGUGCCCGCCGAGGCAUCCAGCACCCAUCCGAGCAGCCACCAACCCAGCAGGCAGCUCGGAGACGGGGAGACCCCAGAAAACACUGACGUGGCCUGUCCUGGCUCCAGCAGCUUCCUCCCUAGCCCAGACACUGCAGCCGCCUCAUCGCGGUUCCCCUCCCCACCCCACAAGCCAGUCAAGGGGGAGCCUGGAAGGGCUCCAGAGUGGGCACCUAAAGGGACCUUCCUGCACAGCGAAAACAGUGCCUUUGAGUCGUGGAACGCUCACCAACCCAGGCUGCUGGAGAGAAAGGAAGCCACUGAGCCCACCCCUGAAAUCAGAGCCCCCGCGUGCCACCAGGACACCCCCGUUCUGCUCAGGGAGCCCCAGCCCCCAGAGCACCAAGUGUCCCCCUGCCCAGUCCGAGUCAGCAGCAGUCAGGAAGACAGCAGACUAGCCACGGGAGCUCUGCCAGCCUCAGGACCCUGGGGGCUCCGGACUCCAGGAUCACAGGUGUUCCCGAUGGAGGGAGAAACUUUGGGCUCGCAGCCCGACCCCCAGGUGAAAUCUACCCAGCCUCCAUGGAGAAAGCCAAAGGCGGGCAAGGGAGGCAAGGCAGGUCUGCAGGAGGGGCCGGAAAGAAAGCAGCAGAGCAUCAGGAGUGGGGGGCUGCCCCUGUACCCCAAGCACAGCCCCCAAGGGCAGUUUCCUGAACCUGAGGCUGCCGACACCUCCGGAGACCCCAAUCAGCACUGUGACCCUCCAUUCAACAUCAGUAAGCUCCUGACCCCCAUUAUCCCCACCAAACAUGUCCUGGACUCCUCGGCCAGCCAGCCACCAGACACGAGCCCCUCCCCGCCAGGCCAGCUCAAUGGCUACCAAGAGAAGGAGCCAGAUGAGCAGCCAGCACGGGACAGCUACAAGUCCAAGGCACCCAGCCUGCUGUUCAACCUCAAAGACAUGCGGAAACGUGUCAAGAGCACCUACAGCCCCUCGCCCCUCCUGAAAGGGCUGGAUGAGCAGAGCAGGAGCAAAGCUGACGACGGCCAGGGUGAAGCCCUGAGCAAUGGGCUGCUCAUCCCUAACGGCUUGGAGGAGGGCCUGGCCGAUGCUCCCUCUGCAGCGCCCCCCGGCGCCCAGAAAGAUUCCCCAGUCCAGCCCGGUGAGGCCUCCUCCACAGGCAGCUAUGCAACCUUGGGCUUGCCUCUUGCUCCUGCCAAAGCUCCAUUCUGUGCCAACAGGGAGAGGAGCAGCGAUGACAAGUCAGAGACGGGUCCCACCAGCUCCAGCUUCCAUCCAGACGCUAGGGAACGCCACCCCAGGAAACACCUAUCCCUGAAGCUCUGUGACACACAGGUUGAAGCUGCCAUGGCAGAGCGAAAGGAGCCGCAGCAGCAGCAGCUGGAGAACGGGCUCCCAAGAUCCAUCUCCCAGGACACAGAGUCCGAGAGAGAGCUGGGGCUUCCCAAUACCCCGUUGACGCCAAAAUUCUCCCCGGGGCCCCUGUCACCUGAGGAAGAGGAUGUGUUCUAUAGUGACAGCCAGUCUGAUUUUGUGCCAGGCCUCAAAGGCAAGGCCAAAUUGAGCACCAGCUCUUCAGAGCAAUCCUUUGCUUCUUUUGACGACCAGCAGAAAACAUGGUUUGUCGCUGAGAGCCAGCGGGAUGAUAGAAUGGAUAAUGAUGCUGAAGGCAGGAGAGGAGGUGAUGGUGAGGAAGAGAAGCGGAAUGCGGAAGGCAGCAGGGAUGGGAAGGAAUGCAGGGAAGAAGGCCGCCAGGAGGAAGUGACCUGGAGAGGAGACAAGAGCAGCAAGGCAUCCAUGGGGGAAGAGAAUUUCAGGGGCUCUGGCACGGAGGUAGUUAGGGACACAGGCCUGGCACACGCCAAAGGCCCCGCCCCUUCGCCACUGUCUGCAGCCAACAGGCACGUCCUGUUUGCCAUCAAGGACAACACGCUCAGGGCCACCCCGGUCAUCAGGCCAGUAAUGCUGCCUCUUUUGAGGACUAUGUCCUCUGAGGACUCCCCGAGCAGCAACCACAAAGGGGAAGACUCACCCCGGCCAGGACGGGCUGGGGAUGCUGGACUCCGGACCCCUGAAGGCCAAGAAGGGAUCGGCAACUGCUGCACCCCCACUGCCUCCCAGGAUCUGGGGGACGUGAGCCAGAUGCCCAGGGUGACCAGGAGAGAGCCCUCCCAGAGGGAACCACCAGAAGAUCUGCCGGCUCUAUCAUUGGUGGGAGAGCGGGAUGGGAAGAAGCCAGCCCCAGAUGCCACCCACAGGGCCCCCAGGAGCCAGAGCAGUUCCACAGAGGCACAAAGGGCAGCCAGGUCAUGGGACAUUCCCACCAUCACCCUACCAGAGGGUGACCUGGGAGAUCAGCUGCCACCCCCACCACCCCCUCUGCCACCGGACACCUGCUGGGAGGAGCAGAUACAAAGUUUCCAGAAUCGCUUUUUGGCCACACCCAGAGGUGGGAGAAGACAGAUUCCUGGGGAGGCAACCGUGGGGGUGAUCUCCCCCAACCCCAGCUCCUUGGGGGAUAGCAGUGCAUACUCCCCCGCUGCCAGUAGCAUUUGGGACGAUGCUUCCCAAGCUCCCAGCGAGCUGGGGCUGCUGUUUCAGGAACCCUCGGGAGCCAGUCCCUGGGCCAGCCCCGGCCCUGCCAGGGUCACCCGGCGCGAGGACCUGACGCACGCCCUGGCAUGGGAAGCGACAGGAUCCGAUCCACAAUUCGAGGCACCCUCCGAAGACCUGCGGACUCUGUCACCUCCUCCAAGAGGCGAGUGGCUGGACACGGCGACCCGCAGCGCCUCGGGCGCACCUGAGAGACCUGAGCCGCCUGCACAGUCCCUGCUGCCACCACCACCGCCGCCAGAGAGGGCGACCGGUAGGCCCCCGGCAGUCCCACCCAAGACCGAGAAGGCCCUGCGGCGCGCCAAGAAGCUGGCCAGCAAGCGGCGGAAGGCCGACCUGGCACAGGAGAAACCGGUAGAACGAGGGGAUGCGGAGGACUGGGCACGCACCGAGCCAAGACCGCCUUCCCCUGGAGACAGGCCCCGACCCCGGUUCCCAGCGCUGCGCUCCCUACCGCCCCCCGCGCACCGCCACUCCGUGUCCGGCUUCCCGGAACCCGUGGGGAAAUGGCGUGGGGGUAACCAGGUCCCCACGCCCUUGCCCCCGUUCUCCGCCACCCAGAAGGUCCUGCAGGACCCCCAGUCAGGAGAGUACUUCGUCUUCGACCUGCCGCUGCAGAUGAAGAUCAAGACUUUCUAUGACCCUGAGACGGGCAAGUACGUCAAGGUCUCCAUCCCGACCUCCGACGGGGGCUCUCCUGAGCCGCCGCCCGCAGACGCCAGGGCGGCCCCCUACAUCUUGUACCCGGGCUGCCGGCCCGUGCCCGUGACCGCCCUGAUGCCACUGCGCUGCUCCUCCCAGCUGGCAGCUCCCACCUUCCUCCGCCAGGGCCCACGCGCCCGACCCCAGAGCACGGACAAAGACGAGGAGCGCGCUGGGUUGCAGCCUAGCGCUGGGUCCCAGGAGGAGUCCGCUCUGCGUGCGCCACCCGCGCAGGGCUUCCAGGGGCUGCCCAGGAACCCAGAAGGGGCAGGCGCGGAAGCUCCAGACCUGGGCAUCAUCUCCACCGACGAUCUAGAGGACUUCGCCACCGAAGGCGUUUCUUGA